CCGGAAGUUGUCACUGCGAGGGAGACACAGCCCACGCCGCGCACCCGGCGGUGUCCGCGCCAUGGCGAUGGGCGGAGGCGGCGGGCUGCCGGAGCCCGAGGACUCUGUGCUGUUCCGGCGCGGCACUGGCCAGAGUGAUGACUCUGACAUUUGGGAUGAUACAGCAUUGAUAAAAGCUUAUGAUAAAGCUGUGGCUUCAUUUAAGCAUGCGCUAAAGAAUGGUGACAUUUCUGAAGCUUCAGAUAAACCAAAAAGCACACCUAAAAGAAAGCCUGCUAAGAAGAAUAAAAGCCAAAAAAAGAAUGCUACCACAGCCCUGAAGCAGUGGAAAGUUGGUGACAAAUGUUCUGCUGUUUGGUCAGAAGACGGGUGCAUUUACCCAGCUACCAUUGCUUCAAUUGAUUUUAAGAGAGAAACCUGCGUUGUGGUUUAUACUGGAUAUGGAAAUAGGGAGGAGCAAAAUGUGUCUGAUCUACUUUCCCCAGCCUGUGAAGUAGCAAAUAAUGUAGAACAGGAUACUCAGGAGAAUGAAAAUGAAAGUCAAAUUUCAACAGAUGAAAGUGAGAACUCCUCCAGGUCUCCUGGAAAUAAACCAAAUAACAUCAAGUCAAAAGCUGCUCCAUGGAACUCUUUUCUCCCUCCACCACCCCCAAUGUCAGGAUCGGGACUGGGACCAGGAAAGCCUGGUGUAAAAUUCAGUGGCCCACCACCACCUCCACCACCACCACACUUCCUAUCAUGCUGGCUGCCUCCAUUUCCUUCUGGACCACCAAUAAUUCCUCCACCACCUCCGAUAUGUCCAGAUUCUCUUGAUGAUGCUGAUGCUUUGGGAAGUAUGUUAAUCUCUUGGUACAUGAGUGGCUAUCAUACUGGUUACUAUAUGAUUCAGGUGCAGCUCUCUCCCAAGGAGAAUGGUAUUUUGAUGCAUCACGGUCAAUGUGAACAAAAUUUCAUCUUUUUCUUCACGAAGAGUUGGUUGGGUGGCACAGUCACCUGUAUUUCCGUAUGUUGUAUGUGACUCAUGCUUAAAUAACAAGCUGUGUGUUUCAAGGGAAUCAUCAGUUUAAAUAACUCAGUAAUGGAAAUGUGAGUAAUUAACUCUGUCACAUGUAGUACAGAAAAGUCAACCUGUGAAAAUUUCGACUCAGCACAUUUGUAUAUUGUAACUUCCCUAGUAUAAAGUGUGUUAAGCUUUUUAUUAAUGCCUUUAAAAUAAAUGGUAAAUUUUUUUAA